AUGACUGGCAACGAUGCUGCUGUUCAGCUUGAGAUCGAUGUCCUGUCCUUGAACAUCACAGUCCAAGACAACUCAAUCAGCAGUCCCUUCAAGCUUUAUGACAACCAAGAUGCUCUAUUGUUAUACGGCGGAGGAUUUAAGAGCGUUGAUGCUAUCACCAAUUGCAACAAGAUUCCUCUUUGUGCAAGUCAGCUGUCCAAGAGCACGACGCCGUCCAGCUCUGGAAAUUCAAUAUUCUCAAUAGGCAAGAUCCCAAUUGGGACCUGUUGGCAUGUGAGCGACUCCAUCUGCCUUUUAGACAUACAAAGUCAAUCAUGUGCAAGGCUCAAGACUGUGCCUCGUGCAUCGCUGUUGACGGCUGCAAUUGGUGCACCCAAGAGCAAGUUUGUCUAUGUCCAGAGGGAACGUAUUCAGACAUUCCCUACCUCUCCAAUCUUUGCAAAAGUUGUCCAGCAGGCAAGACCUCGGUUCCUGGAUCACAGAAUCUCGAUAGUUGCCUUGGGAUCUGCAAGCCUGGUAGAGAACAGACUUAAGCGUAUGUCAGUCGGUCAGAGGCUGAGGUUCAGCGUCUGGUUUGAGACAUUUUCAUCUGCACACGUCCUCGAUAGGAUUUCUCUUGUCAAAGGCAACUUGACCAGUACUCGUGGCCUUGCAUGGGGGUACACAUCUGCUGACAGAGCGUACUUUGUCGGGGAUUAUGAAAGCUAUCAACCAGGUCCGUCACCUAGAAACAGAGGAGCCAUGGACUUUGAGAUCGACAGCGCCGGGACUGGAAGCUAUACAGUCGCAUUCUACUCUCAGUCUCUAGCGUGUUCUGCUGAACUUCAACCAUUCGGCACCAACAUCAUUCCGACGGAUUUGGGAUUCCAGCUUACCGGGAAAGACUCCAAACCAUACAAGACACCAGCAAUUGAGAUCGACGUCUACAUCGGCGGCUCUACAAUUCCAAUCUGCAAUUGCAAGGAUGUACUUUCAUGCAGCUCGAUCAGCUGCGUUGAUCUUGCUACAUGUGUUCCCCUGGAUUUCUCAGCUUUCAACCACACCGUUGUCGAGAUUGUUGAUACCAUCCUCGGCUACCCUUCCACCUACAAGAUUUCCUGUGCGUCUGGGUACUACAGAGCCGUCGCACUAGAUUCGGAUGUCAGCUCCACCUCACAGACUGAAAUCUUGACCUGCCAAGUGGACAAGUGGGUUCCAAGCUUUAACAAUUUUCAAUUCUUUUGCAAGAUGAUCAAGGCUCCAAUCUCGACGGCAACAUCCGCACCAGCUCAGCGAGUUUCCACGACGACUACAGCCGCAACGAUCUCCACCACCCCUGCUCCCGAAGCUCCGACGAGAACCAACGUGAGUGGCUCGAACGUGGUUGUCAUCGAUUACAAUUCAUCGUCUAUUGGGUUGCCUUCUCACCUAUGGGGAUUUGUCUCCGCACAAAACUUGCAAGUUUCCUUUCGCAACGCACAGUUCAUCUCCUUCGAAGGAGGAUUGCUACUACAGUUCUAUGGAGUUUGUGACUGCAGCUUGUUUGGUACUAGUGACUGGAUUUUCCUCAAUGGAUCCAGCAAUUCAGCUGCAUCGUCUUGUAGCACUCAAUCUUGCAGCGACGUUUCUUCUUUCCCAUACUCCAUCAAAUUGCCGCAGGAAUUCCAAACAGCUGCCGCGUCACGGUAUGAGAAUUUCCUCCAGGCCGAUUGGAUGCUUUCGCUCGGGCCAUGCCAACUGAGGCUGAGCACGAGGAACAAACUCCUGAAAUUCUUCAUCACGGCAGUUUCAAAUGCAUCAAUUUGUUCUCAAGGCCUCGUCAAUGCUGUCUUGCUCAAUCAGAGCAGCAAAGUCAUCGACAGCGGAACGUCUACUUACUUCCGCCUCGAGAUCCUGGUCACAGAGUCUACAUGGACCUCGUGGACAGCAGGAGAAGAGAGGUUCUUCAUCCUAGAGCUCUCGGACUCUACCCAUGCUGGUCUGUGGUGGAGCACCUCGUCUUCGUUUGCGGCAACAUGGGAAUCUAAUCCGACCUUGAGCUUGCAGAAGGAGAAGACCAACCCUCACACAGAAUGGCAAGUCCUUGAAACUUGUAGUCAGAAUCAGAGAUUGAAGCUGAGCACUAUACCCUGGUCAAACAACACAGAUCUCAGCACCGAAUCUCCUUUCCUCCUCGCCUUGCACGAGUCAGCCAUGUGGUACAACUACUUGAAGCUUGCUUCUGGCCUUCCUGUGAACCAAGGGGAUGGAUCGUUUGCUGCCAACACGUUUCCGUCGCUGUCAGAUCCGUCAUGUCGGUCUGUGGGCAGUCUCUUUAUGACAGACAUUGGAGUCGGAGCGCGAUACGCAUACUCCUUUGACAGAUCGCUCGUUCAGAUUGCGUGCAAAUCAGGCUGUGUGAAAGUUUUCUCUCAAACGCUGUUGAAUGCUGUCGACAUAUGUCGAAAUUCUUGGCAGAAGAUGAUGAAGCUCGGCCCAUCGAGGUGGAACGGUGUGAGCUUCACGAUAUUCCAGACUGUACUGGAUGCCAGCUUUUGGCUGAACUUGAGUUGUUCGGAUGACAUCGUCCGUGACACUUGUUUGGAUGCCGUUGAAAGCUACGAUCUUCUCUUCACCAACGGUCUUGGAUGUCGAGCCGCGCAAGGGACGGGAGCUGAGAACGCUCUACCGCUCUUCGACCUCGCCUUCUCUUGUGGAACCGGCUGCCAAGAUAGAAUUAGACAGUUUGCCAUGACGAAUCCAUGUUGUUACGAGCACAUCGCCAGCUUUCAGACGGACUGGUGGGGUCAACUGAUGCCUGACGGUCAAAACGUGGUCGAGGUGGCCUUGCCCUACGGAUGGACCAGAACGUACGACCGACCAACUUGUGUCGACCAGUCAAAGGUCGCCACAUUCUCGUGCAUGCUGGACUCUUGCGUCAAAGACAGAGCUGCUUUGAGUUCGCAGUGCUGCCCAAGAUUGACAUGCUACAACGGGGGUCAGCAGCGCAGCAAGAACGCGUGUCAGUGCACUUGCCCUGAGGGAAGGCAUACCGGGCUCUACUGCAAUGUCACCUCUGAUCUUGUGUAUGCCAACCUGCUGAUGAAUCUGAGCUCCGCCUUUAACGCUACGGAGGAAUGGAGGAUCCGCACGGGAGUAGCGACGUUCCUCUCACUGACGGCCAACGACGUCUAUGUGAACCUGGUGCACCUGAUGUCAGGGAGGAGGUCAGCCAACAUUCCCCAGUUCACGUACCAGAUCGACUUGAGAGUGGUGGGGUCGAGCUAUGAGAAUGUGCAGAAGAUAUACACAGCUCUGCGAGUCCUGAGGGUAAGUGACGUCAGCUGGACCUUCGGGUCGUUGAGUUCACUCCGCUACAUCGUGUCAUGUAACGAGUCAACCUGGUGCUGCUCUGAUUCAAUCCGAUGCCCUGCCUGUGCUUUGACGUGCUGCCUGCCGUGCGUGGCCCCGUCAAACACGUCUCAAGCUCCUUCGAGCCAGCAGGUGGAUGGAAUGAUUCCGAGAGAGCCAAACAGACCUGCCUUUGCAUACUACUGGAUCGCCAUCAUCAUCGUCGUCGUUGUCCUGAGCUCCUACUGCUUCGCUUACAGAAAGAACUCUUCAUUCCGAGCAGCCUUGAGUGAGCUCUGGCAGGGCGUCAAGUCCAUCCUUAAUUUCUUCUUAACCCGCUGUGCAAGUCUGAGGGGUAGGCAAAAGUCUCAAGCUCGCCCCGAGUUCAUCCAGUUCAGCCCCAGGACGACCACGACCGUCGGGCUGGAUGAGAAGCACAAGUUUGAUAGCUCGGACUCGACGCUGAUUGCUACUGAAGAACAGGAACAUGCGAGCGCUGGCACCAUCCCAGGAGUCUUUGAAGGUCCCUGA